AUGGGCGCCGGCGACGACACCAGUCCCGCUGCCAUGGAGGUGACCUCGUCCACCUCAUCGCCGUCGUCGUCCCCCACCCCGGUGCCACCACCACCACCGCCGCCAUCGGUGCUACGGUCCAUGCUGCUAUCGUAUGCGUACAUGGGGAUCUGGAUGAGCCUGAGCUUCGCAGUGAUCGUGUACAACAAGUACAUCCUGGACCCAAAGCUCUACAACUGGCCGUUCCCGAUCUCGCUCACCAUGAUCCACAUGGCAUUCUGCGCGACGCUCGCCUUCUUGCUCGUCCGCGUCCUCCGCGUCGUCGACGUCCCAUCCUCUCCACAGGCCAUGACGCCGCGCCUCUACGCGUCCUCCGUGCUCCCGAUCGGCGCGCUGUACGCGCUGUCGCUCUGGUUCUCCAACUCUGCCUACAUCUACCUCUCUAUCUCCUUCAUUCAGAUGCUCAAGGCGCUGAUGCCCAUCACCGUCUACUCCAUCGCCAUCGCGCUCCGCACCGACGCCUUCCGCCGCGCCACGCUGCUCAACAUGCUCGCCAUCUCCGCGGGCGUCGCCGUCGCCGCCUACGGCGAGGCCCGCUUCGACGUGUUCGGCGUCGCGCUGCAGCUGCUCGCCGUCGCCGUCGAGGCCACCCACCUCGUGCUCAUCUAG